AGUGACGUUUGAUCUUGGGGGCGGGGCUUGUAGAGUCGCCGCUUCUGAACUCACGUGACGAUUCACAACAAAGAUGGCGGCCCGGAGGACUCCGUGCGCCGCUUUUCUCUUUUUGCAAAUUUCGACCACCUUAUGGAUGAGUUCGGCGUUCACCAGAAACCUGUCGGUGGAGUUGAACCCCGGCUCGUCGGCGCCGCCUCCUGGCGGCGACCUCGUUCACGUGAGAGCUGUGGGAGACAACGACACGCUGCACAUCCUCUUCUGCAGUCUGGGGGCGCCCACGCUCCUCCUGGUUCGCACCGCCGUGACUUCCUCCGCCGUCUCGGUGGACUGGCCGCGCUUCUUGAGCCGCAACACCAGCGGCAGUCUGCGGGUGGAGCCGGCGAGCAGCAUCGUGUCCAGCGCGGCCCUCGUCUUCAGCCGGCUGUUGGAAUACGACGACGUCAACAACACAGCGGAAGCGCCCUUUGACCUUUUCCCGCCAUACCAGCUGCAGGACGUCGCGUGGUCCCGUGCGGAACUGUCGGGGGCGGCGGCCCGACUGUGCGGCGCUGUAGCUCGAGGGUCCGUCUGUCUGCAAAUGUCUGUGUUUGCGGGGGAGGGGCGCGACCAGAGCUGGCCCCGCCUGCUCCACACUGCGAAUUCCUCCCAGGUGGUCGUGCGGCUCGACAGCCUGACGGCCAGGUCGCAGAGAUCGCGCUUCCUCUUGGAACUGCAGACGCUGGGCGGAACCCACCCCCUUGACGCCGUUCAGGUCCGGCGCUCAAUUGACGACGAGUUCACGCCGUCCAUUUUUAAGGUGUCCGAGUGGACAUCCAGACCCAACCGCAGUUCAGACGACACGGGCGCUUUCGUCCUGUGGAAGCAGGUCUCGUAUCGGCGUUCGCCGCCGGCGCUGGAGGAUGCGUCGCCGUGCCGUCACUCUGACCCGCGGCGGCGGAGCGGCCGGGCCUUGGCGGAGGUCAGCGGCCUGGUGCGAGCCUUCUUCGCCGACGAGGACCAGGGGGAGCGGGCCUUCGGACUCAACGUCAGCUUCGGCCUGGCGGGGGAACCUUUCUACAACGCCACCAAGUUCCUCAGUUGGACCGCCCUGGUCGGCGUCGGCCUCCCCCCCACCGACGCCUUCUCGCCGCUGGUGGCCGCCAUCGUGGCGGUCGGUCUCGGCGCGCCGCUCGUCAUCCUGCUGAUGGGCGGAGUCUACGUGUACCUGCGCAAGAUGUCGCCGGGCUCGGCCAGCGGCUACGAACCGAUCAACUGAUGUCAGCCGGACGCGUGAUCGGAUCGCGUACUCUUUUAAAGGACGAGGACGCCGCUAGAUGGACUCGAUCUGUCGCCGGACUUUGUCCGAGGCGAGGCGGUCCAGCCGACGCUGACGCAGGACCACCAAGAUGGCCGACAGCGCCGUCCCAGACAACAUGACCCCCUCGAAUUUCCAGAA